UAGGAGAAGAGACUAAGAGCAGCAUUAUGGAUCCUGUAGAUGGAGCUGAAGAGGACCAGGCCAAGAAAAGCCCAGAGGACGAAGCUCAAUCGGGGCCUGCGGAAGUCCCUAAGGAGCAGGAAGGCUUCUUUAACCUUCUCAGCCAUGUUCAGGGGGCGCGCGGAUGGAUGAGCAGCGAUGCAGCAUCCAAAUUGUGCACAGCAAAGUGGAUCCAGAUGCAAAAAAUAGCACUCCAGUCACCCCUCCUCCUGAAAUGAAUCAUUUGAUGGACAUGUUGGCACAGUCACAAAGUCGGAGACUGGAUGAUCAGAGAGCAGAGUUCAAUCAGUCUGUGGGAUUCCCAGAUACCAUGUCUACCAGGAGAGUAUCACAAGACAAUGGGGCUCUGAAG